AGCCCCACCCCAGAUCACGCUGGGGGUUGGCCAUCGGUCAGCCAAAUCCAGCGGGGAGAUCGUCUCUUUUCCCCAUCCUCUCCUCCAAAAAACAAAGCGACGCAAGAUUUCUCCAUCAUUUUCCUCCUCCAUUUUUGAUCCGUUCCCCUCUUGAAUCGACACGUGCGCGUUUGCGUAACUUCACCUCGUUGUCGUUACGCGAUCUCGAUCGGCCUAAAGCCGCGAUCUCGAUCGGCCUAAAGCCGCGAUCUUUUCCCAGCUAGGUUUAGGGUUUGGAGACCGGUAGAUCAUAGAUGACGACGUGCUUCGAUCGAUGGGAGAAAGAUCCGUUCUUUGCCGCUGCCGAAGAGGUUCAGGAAUCGGCCGAUAGGAUGGAAUCCGUUUAUAGAAGAUGGAUUCACGAAAAAAGAGAAGCUGCAAACCCUAGCAAUGAAACGUUUGAGGUCUCAAGCGAGCUUCUUCGGGAGCUUCAAAUGACCGUCGGUACAGCAAAAUGGCAGCUUGAUGAAUUGAGUAAAGCGGUAAGAUCGAAUGAUGAUGCAUGCUCGGCUGGAGAGGAGACGAGAACACGGCACAAACAAUUUGUUGAUGCCAUUGGGAAUCAGAUAUCAACAGUAGAGAAUUCUUUGAGGGAGUCGAAACUUGAGAAGGGAGAAGGUGAUCAUUCCUGGGUGAAAUUGGAUAAAGGAGAAAGAGACGAGCUUGCUCUUUUUCUAGCUUGCCCUUUGCCUACACAAGAUAUACCAAAGGGUGGUCGGCGUUCUAAUGAGACUCUAAAGAAUAAUUCAAAAGAGGAGAGGGUCAAUGGUCAUCGGAGGACAGCAAGUGCUUGCGCUGAUAUGAGUGCAUGGAAAAUUUCAGUUCCAAAGGAUGACCAAAUGCCUAGCGUACCACCACCUAAGAUGCCAAGUUUCUCUUGUUUACUAAAUGAUUUAGAGUCGAGUUCUAAGGUUCAAUGGUCAAAAAAUGUGUUUAGGAAAUUGAAGGGUGUAGAUCCAUAUCAACAAGAUGAUUCAGAAUCUCUUCCAUUGAGGGAUCCUCAGUUGAGUCGGGGUUGCAAUGCAUGUUAUGAGAAAACUAAGAGUUGCCUUAGUAGUUGCGGCCAUGAAACUUAUGAUAAGCAGCUCUAUGGGUGGUUUGGAGCUCUUCAAAGGCAACUUCAGAGGUCUCAGUAUCAGAUCCGAUAUGCAAGGCCUGUCCAAAUGAUUUCUUUGGCAGUAGUCAUUGUUUUAUCAAUUGUUUUCCUUGCCUUCCGGGCCAUUUAAUAGAGCUCAACACCACCUUAUUCUUAGAUGGUAGACAAGGAUUCAAUCUUAUUACCUUGAGGUUAUAUUGUGGUACAGGCUAGCAGUUUCGUGUAGGCAGUCACAACCUCGGGCAUUUUUAGUUAUUCCGACCAUCUGAAAUGUCAAUGGAGGUCCAAUGUUGUAUAUUACUCUUAUGUUUACCGUGUUUGUUGUAUUUAUAUAUGUAACCGUUUUAUUCUUCUUGUUAGCUUCCGUUUGUAUUAAGGACUCUAUUAGACAGAAUGUCCAGUUAUUUCUUGUUACCUCUUAUGGCGCUCUUUAGCGCCCGGUUGUUUCUAGCUCCAAAACUGCUAGUAAUGGAUGAGGAUCUUUCAUGGAUCAGUACUUCAUGAUUU